UUCUUUAUGGUAGAUUAGCGUCGUUGAAAGUUUGUGACAUCUUAAAGUUCAUACCUUCCGUAGUGAUUCAAGUUCCAGAUUAUGAUCAAGUCAGACGGCACACUUCUCAUAAGAACAUUAGGAUUUGCCACGCAUUCCUUUUAUACGACGAUAUAAACCGAGGAUUCAAUUGUCAAAAACCCGACCUUCGAAAUUCUUUGGAUAUCCAACUCAAUAUUAGUUAAGUAAUGUCUACCGUUUGUUGUACUCAUUAUAUACUAUAUGUGAGUAUACUGAAACUCACGCCAUCCAUUAAGUUCCAAGUUUUUCAGGUGCGGAUUUUAUUACUGUAUACUCUUCGCGCAGGCGUUUCCUCUUCGCGAUUUUACCACCUGUUCGAUUCACAAUCAGUAUGAUAUGAUUACUAAAUGACUUAGGACGUAUGUGACCCAAAGAUGCUGAUGGAAGUCCAACUUUUUUGUCAAAAAUAAUGGAAAGAUUCAUAAAGGCAUUCGUCCAAAAAAGAGUAUAACAUAAAAUCAACCCCCUAUAUUGGAAACUUUAAAACGAUAGCGAAGUGCAUGUUAAAAAUAGUGAAAGUCUAAGAGUGCAUUUUUUACAUUUCCUUAUAAUGGUUAAUUUUCCACGCCAUUCAUGUGAUGUGAAUGUCGUUUCUGUAUUCCCAUACAUGUGAUAAUGAUAUUGAUAUCGCCAUUUACAUAAACAUGCAGCGAUCAUUAAUUAUGAAAAGGCUCAACAUCCAGUAAUUGAUUGCUCUAAAAACACGAUGUAAUGAUGCAGUUAUCUCAUAAACUCGGCAAACUAUAACCAUAUUUAAAAACUAAAGUACAAAUAUUUAACAAUUCGACAUUCGAUCUAGUAUAACACAAAAGACAGAAUGAACUUCAAGUAUAUUUUUGUUGUCGACAUAAUCAUUCUAAGAAGAUAAUUUCAAGAAGCGUCGAUAAGCUUCACAGUUACCGCAAUGAACUUGUUCGGUGAAUUAGUUUUCAGCUUCGUUUACUUUGAACAAGAAUAGUUAUUUUUUCAUCGCGAGAACCGAUUUUGAUCAAAAAACUUUUCUUUCUUUAAUUAAUUCAUUCCAAUUUUAUCUGCCACAAUGCAUCAUGAAAAAAUUAGCGAGCCUGUAACGGCUGAAUUACGGAAUAAAAAUGAAUUUUCGGACAACCAGUCAACCGGCGGUUUCAAAAGUAACAUGGCUUACGAUUUUGAUUCAAAAAACGUAAUCCUUUGUGUAUGUUCGACACCCAAACAUCACGAAGAACCGAGUUUCGGUGAGAAUUCUCUAGAAUUAUCAAAAAAUAGCUGUAGCGAGGUGUCAUUGUUAGAAAAAAGUCCAAGUUCCGGUGCUUCUGGGUUCCCUCACUCCAAAUUUCGGCUGUCAUCCAAAGAAAAGUUCGUUUCCUGCGGGGAUAUUUCGUUAACUGGAAAAUCAAGUACUAAUGAACUAAACGAACUCGGAAAUAUAAAUAAUAACGCCGACGAUGAAGAUAAUAAACAAACACCGGAUGGUGACCUGACAAUUAUUAUGGUCCGUAAAUCAUUGGGUUCUAAGAGUGAAAAAAUUAAGACACCGAGGGCAGAAGAGAAUCCCAAUGAGGAAACAACAAGCGUGCAGAAAUUGAGAAAUAAUUCGAAGAGCAAACGAGCGUUGGCAAUCACCGAUGGAUUAUUGUGCGCCAUUAUUGUUGCACCAUUGGUAGUCGGUCAUUGGAGAGGUUUAUGGGAGCUAAUGGAUUUAAAUUCAGAAAUAUUUCCUACGUGGGUCUGCUUCUUUCUUGGUUUAGGAGUGCACCUUUUUUUUGCGAUACUGAAGAACAUUCUUCACGCCGAAUUCGAUGAGAUGAAAGAAACUGCAGGAAUUUUCCAUCGUCUCGCAUCUCGCCUCGUUCGAAAUGCUUAUACUUUCAUAUUUGCCGCGGCAUGUAUCAUGCACUGGCGAAGUGGUUGGAUAAUAUUCAGUGAUUGCACCGUUCAUUCUUGGAUCACCCAAUGCGCGACAGCCGUCUGUGUCGUGCUCUUAAUUCUCCUUCGUUCGGUCCGAAAUCUUUUAUCGGCGCCUUUUAUACUGGGCAUAGAUAAACAUGGAAAAGUAUUCCUAUUCCCAACGAGAUUCAACUUGAAUACAAGGAACUGGUCUCUCUACGUAUUGGAUUGUGCGUUCAGCGUCGGAGUGAUAGGGACGUUGGUGGUUUUCGCCUGGCGAGGUUCUUGGGUCAUUUUUGACUUGUACCUAUAUCCCGACAACCCUGAAUAUUCGGCAGUUGGCUCCGUCGUAAUUGGCUACGCCAUCGUAGUAAUAAUGUUUUCACUUCAACCGGUGAUGCGUUACGCGUGUGCCCGACUGAAAGGACUCCCCCGAAUUAUUGCCGUUGACAUAUUUUUAUUGAUAAGUUUUAUCGGUGCGGUAAACGUAUGGAGAGGAGUUUGGAACUGUUUGGGAUUAUGGUUUCUACCCGAUGAGCCUGAAUUAUCCUGCUGGAUAACGCUUCUUGGAUGUUUUACACUUCUUGUCUUAUUGAACUGCAGUAACUCCAUUCUUGUACGGGGUGUUUACAUCGACGCUGAAGAAGAUGAUGAAAAAUGCGCCGCUUUUCCCUGCCAUUAUCUCAGACUAUUUUUCAAGAUCGAACGAGAGAAGAAAGAAGCGAGACGGCAGAACCUCGUGGUAGCCUCGAGGGAUUUAGCUACGAUUACAGAGCGCUCGGCGAAGGAGGAAAACGGUGCGCUUCUAAACGCCUCAGAUUCCGCGACGGUUUCUGAAAAUCCAGAGUCUCUAGUCUAGAGUUUGGAAGCCGAUAAUUAACCGAAUGAUUUUUUUUUUUUUUUUUCAAUAACAAAAAUCGCUGAUUGCAGUCUGCACGUGGACUCUCAGCAAAAGAGUUAAAACAUCGUUUCCUUAACGCGAAUUAUACGCAAAUUCGAAAGCCUCGAUGGAAAACUAUACCGUCUCAGAUUGUGACCGGGAAAAAUGCUGUCGCAAAUUUUGGCUGAGAAAUUGAUUUUCAAAUUUAUUUGAGAUUUUAUGAUUUUCGACCACCUUCUGAGGUAGUAUGUUUUCCGGGCCGAGGCUGAGAUAUCGUGGAUUUAUACCGAGGCGUCUAAUUUCAGUGGUGUGAAUUUGACGUAUACGUAUGUAUAUUAAAAAUAUUACCUUGAAAUCGAGCUGACACCGAAUUUGCCGGAUUUCUGUUAUUAGAAAAAUAAGAACAGGCGCGUAUGGGAUUAAUUUUUUUUAAUUUUACUCGCGGUAUUCCGCCGUAAUAAUAUUGGAAAAUCGAUGUGGAAGUCGCGUGUGGAUAAUGAUAUCCAAUUACUUCCGAUUCGGUAUUAUCACGUUAAAUUAAAGAGAAAAUAAGAAAUACAUAAGGACGAAAAAGGGAAUAUUUAGAUAACAAAGGAAGAAACGAAUAUAAAAUUCGAUAAUCAAAUGUUGCUGUGUAAAAACGUGAUGUAAACAAAAUAGUAAAACAUAGGUGCAGUGCUCGAGUGACGGUAAAAAAUCGAUGGAGAGAAAUGAAAAUAAAUUGCUGAAAAAAGAUUGCAGGAAAAGACGAGUUAGGAGGUCAUCAAUUACACAGAGAAUAUAUCUCCAAAUUACAAGGAUUAGACGGUAAUGAUUUACCGAUUGAAUGGGCGAUAAAAUUUACUAUCAACUUUCACGUCAUCUCGCUGCUCAUAUAAAACGAAUGCAUCCUAUAUAUGUAUGUAUGUGUUGUAACGGAAGAUUAAAGGAAGAAUUAAAAUUUAAAUCACGCAUGGUUUGAUGAUGCAGAUACGUUCGAGUAUGCGCGGACUGUGGAAGUUUUGGGUGCAUGGAUAUUAUAUAAAUAAAGUAAUUGACGGCGAUACUCAUCUUCAAAUAACGUUCAAAUAUUAGCGUACAUUAACGUAAUGACCAAAUAGUAACGCUAUUAUUGUGUAAAUUUGUUAUACAUAUUAUUGUAAAUACUCCGGUUAAGGGGAUUAUAAGUCUUAGUUUAUAUCGUAAUACUGAAAUUAUUAAUCUUACGGAGAUAAUAUCGUUUCACGAGUGACUGUGAAAUUGUUAUUGUACACGAGAAAGGAUUAAAUUGUAUCAAUGAUAAUUAUGUUAAUAUUUAUUAUCAGCCGAAAUAUUUCAAUUUGCAAACCAAUAAACAAAUAAAAUUCAUCACAGGUGUUAUUAUCAUAUCAUAAUGUAAAUAAAUUAGUUACAUUGAUGUUGUAAAGUUGUGUGACUAAUUGUUCACGGACAAAGGAAACGACAAGAAGAUAACUGCGUCCAAUUAUCGAUAUGUUGAUGAUUCUCAAUAUGAUUUUCAGACCUACCAUCUUGAAUAAAAUUGAAUUUUGUUCCGACUCUCUAAAUAACACCCAAAAUGAGGGAGUGCGCAGAUUAUCUAUACCUCAAAACCGACGGGAAUUAUGCCUUUAUUAGCCGGCAUCCUCAUUAAAUCUUGCAAAGGACCCUCAUUAUUGUAUACGAGAGAGGAUAUCGUGAUUGAAAAAAAUAUAUUACCUGUCUAUAUGGUCGAUCGAGAGAGCAAAUGCGUUCGCCAGAUUUUUCACUGCUCGACCGUUUAAGCUUUCGCCAACCAGCGGUAAGAAUGAAAGAAAAUAACCAAUCGGCCUUCGUCAAGUGGCGUUUUGAGAAUGUGACUAUCUCGUAUGUUAUUCGAUAAAUAAGAUCUUGGAUAACAAUGUUGAUGGAUUAUAAUAAACGACUAUUAUAAGUCGGUCCAACCUUCUCCCUCGCAUAUAUCCUGCGAGCAGCGGUAAAUCUCGCUCUUGCUCUUGUACGUUCGAGCAUUACGUCAUCGUACUAAUUAUUAAUCAACUACGAUAAUGACGGGACAAUACCACCACCGUCGGAAGUACUUAGUUCAUUGUUGAACGUACGUUGCUACCGCUGCAUGCUGUCCUCAUGCCCUACAUGUAAUGGCCAAUCCUAAUACGGUAGUUAUGUAUAAAGUAGGUAAUUGGGUAUUGAAUUUCACUCUUCGCGAACUUUUCGGGUAUAUAUAUAAACUGCUCAUUGAUUUUGACUGAUUUUUCCUACUUGAGCUAAAGUUAAACGGGAGUUGGUAGCGGAAGACUGAUCCAUUAUUUCCUGUAGAUAAAAACUAUAACAAUUGAAUUUAGUUUAUUCAUUAUUUGAUCAAUCCCUUUGAUUCAUUUUGCUUACGGUAAAUAUAGUUAUCUGGCUGUAUAAGGGGAAUGAAAGUAUUCUCAUUUGCUAUAACGAGUCUGUAGUACUGUAUGCACGUACAAUUAUGUAAAAGCUGUCAGCGUCGCGACGCUGUAACGAAGCGUUACAAAAUAAAGACGUAAAUUCUUAGAUAGACGUGUUAAAAAAUUGACCAUGCAAAUAGAUCGUUGCUAUAUGAAUUUUCAUUUUUCCUUUUUUGAGCAACUGUCAUUCUUGAAUAUCGCAAAAAUUGAAGGUGUCUAUUUCACAAAAUAUGUGAGAGACAUAUGUCUACAACUGGAAAUUGGCGGUUGGGUGAAGAAUAGUAAAAAAGGAACAAUUCUUGGACAGAUGGAAGGCCCAAAAGCUAUUGUGGAUCAAAUGGCUGAGUGGCUGACAAAGGUGGGAAGUCCGGGCAGUGAAAUUCAUCACUGUGAAUUUACAAACUGGGAAAAUGUUGCACGUCCGCAGUUCCAAAGCUAUGUUAUUCGGUUCUAAUUGUAAGCGUUGUAAGUGUGAUGGAAAAUCAAAGAAUGUUUCGAAAUUCAUCUCGUCAAGCUCAUAAGAUUUCGUAUCGCGAAAAGUAAAAGGUAAAUAAAAUUCGAGAUUUAGGUGACGAA